UUUAUAUAUACGGUAUACGGACCAUCCAAACUCGAAACUUGAACGUCGCUUCUUUUGUUAGAAAGACGUUAGUAGCGGCAAAAUUUGAACGUUACUCUUAAGGAAGGAUAAUGCUAUCCUUGCGCUUCGCUAUUCCUACCGCAAAUACAUUAACUCCACCGAAGACUAAACCGAAACCGGGUUUAGUGGUACAAACCGCUUGGAACCAAACGGACCUUUUUCCUUCUCUUCCCAAACGAUAUGAUUAUAAGCUACAAGCAGCUACCACGGACUUAUCUGUGGCGGGAGAUAUAACGGCGGAGGAGGUGGUGGAGCUGCCGGCGGAGCUGCGCAGAGAGUUGAUGCCGAAGCACGUAGCGGUGAUAAUGGACGGGAACGGUCGGUGGGCUCGGCAGAAGGGAUUGGCGACAUCAGCGGGACACGAAGCCGGUGUAAAGGCGUUGAGGGAGCUGAUCGAACUAUGUUGCCAGUGGGGGAUCCAGGUUCUGACUGUCUUCGCCUUUUCUUACGAGAACUGGAUUCGUCCCAAGGUGGAGGUUGAUUUUUUGAUGAGUUUGUUUGAGAGAGCGUUGAAGUCUGAAGUGGAGUCAUUUUCUAGAGGAGGCAUUCGAAUAUCAGUUAUAGGGGAUUCAACAAAGCUUCCCACAUCGCUGCAAAAGUUGAUCAACGAAGUUGAGGAGUCCACAAAACAUAACUCCAGGCUCCAACUCAUUGUAGCCGUCAGCUACAGUGGGAAAUACGACGUCGUACAAGCAUGCCGGAGCAUUGCCGAGAAAGCCAAAGACGGCCAAAUCCAACUAGAUGACAUCAACGAAAGCCUAAUCGAACAAGAGUUAGAAACAAAUUGUACGGAGCACCCAUACCCUGAUUUGUUAAUUAGAACCAGUGGUGAACUUAGGGUCAGCAACUUCUUGUUGUGGCAAUUGGCUUACACUGAGCUCUUCUUUGCUCAAGAACUCUGGCCUGAUUUCAGGAAAGACGAGUUCGUCGAUGCUUUGAGUUCGUACCAGCAGCGGCAGCGCCGCUACGGCGGAAGACAUUGAUCAGCUCAUCAGAAAGUAUAUAUAUAUAUGGUGUUAGCAAUUGAAGAUAUAUAGUCUUACUAUACAUAUAUAGAAAUGUUAUACAAAUAUGUAAAAACUUUCGUGUAGGAUAGUCAACUGAAUCACAGAAAGUUGAUAUUAAUUUCGGGUUUAAUCUCCAAGCAAUUUCUACAUCUUAUAAAAAGAAUACUUACCAUAAA